GUGUUAAGGUGGUGCACAGUUCUGUUGCGCCUACAGCGUAGACUGGCCCGAAUCGGGUGAUUCGCCGUUUGAAAGUGGAGUGGUCUUCCGGAAGCGCAGCGAAGCGGAAUGCCGCUCGAAUAUCUGCAAAUGUUUGUUUAUCUGCUGCACAAAUCCAAGUACCGAAGAAAAUGUGGCCCAUCGCCAACGCCACUGUCAGUGGUGGUGGCGGGUGGCCGUGCCAUGGACUUGUGUCGUCUUUCGUUGGUGGUGCUGUUAUCUUUAUCAUGCCACUUUGGGCCUACGAUCGUCUCGAGCCAGGGACUAGUUGGAGCGACCGAUCCCGGCAGCCGAUGCACGGAGGUACGAUGCAUGAACGGUGGUGUCUGCAAAAACGGAACCUGUCUGUGCCCGGAUGGCUGGCAAGGGUCCGAGUGCCAAUUCUGCGGUGGUAAGGUUAGAUUAACGGAUCCAUCCGGCAGCAUCCACGAUGGAUUGGGCAACUAUUCGAUUGGUGUCAAAUGCAGCUGGUUAAUCGACGCCCGCGAACACAACAGCAUCACGGACAAGGUAUCGACCGGUCCAUCCCAACCGUCAGUGAUACGGCUUCAUCUGGAAGAGUUUGCGACCGAAUGUGGCUGGGACCAUCUGUACGUGUACGAUGGCGAUUCGGUCGAAUCACCGCUGCUGGCCGUCUUUAGCGGGCUAAUGUAUCGGAAAAAUUUCACCAUCCGUCGAAUACCGGAAGUGUUUGCCCAUUCCGGCUCAGCCCUGUUACACUUCUUCAGUGACGAUGCGUACAAUAUGUCCGGCUUUAACAUUUCCUACCAGGUGAAUGCAUGCCCCACGAAUGAUUCGUCACUGAAUUGUUCCGGGAAUGGCGAUUGCUGGAAUGGAUUGUGUAGCUGUAAUGUCGGAUUUACUGGUGCGGCUUGCAAUAUUCCCCGCUGUCCAAACUAUUGUUCCGCCCAUCUGGGACGGGGCGUUUGCAACGAGAAGCAGCAACGCUGUAUCUGCAGUGCGGGAUACACGGGGAACGAUUGCUCGCAAACGAUCGCACACGGCUACUGGACGGCGAUCGAUGCGGGAGAGACGGAGGGUUUUACCCCGCCGGGCAGUGCAUCGCAUGGAGCAGCUGUUUUCCACGACACACUGUACGUGAUUGCGGGCGAAAGCUAUGGGAAAGCGGCGGCCCUGCUAUACAUGUACGAUUUCAACGGGAAGGUGUGGGAAACGGCACAUACCGAGAGCAAACCGGUGCCGGAGUUGCGGUACGGCGCAUCGACGGUCAUCUUCGGUGACAAGAUAUUUAUGUACGGCGGUGUCAUCGAGGGCAAGGGCGUUUGUGGGGAGCUGUGGGCAUUCGAUGUGAGUGCAAAGAUUUGGGAAAACAUAACCGUCAAGUCGGAACAGUGCAACGAAACGUAUGAGAUGUGUGGUCCGCUACGUUCCGCCGGACACACGGCAACGAUCGUAACGAACUACGAUCAGGUGGGAGGGAGCGGUGGAAAGAAGAUACUGUCCGGUGGUGGGGGCGGUGGAAGUUCCCAGAAGAUGGUGGUCAUUUUUGGACAUUCGCCUCAGUUCGGAUACCUCAACACGGUGCAAGAGUUUAACUUUGGGACGCGUGAGUGGAAGAUCGUGCAGACGCGUGGGUACCCGGUAAAGGGUGGUUAUGGCCAUUCGGCUGCCUACGAUCCCCUGCGGGACCGUAUUUACGUGUACGGUGGCAUCGUGUCGGAGAGUGACAGUUCGCAGCUGCUAAGCAAUAAACUGUUUAGCUACGAACCGCACGAACGGUUGUGGACGUUGCUGGAGACGGCACCGACGGCGCGGUUUCUGCACACGGCCAACUUCCUAACGCCUGGACUGAUGAUGGUUUUCGGCGGUAAUACCCAUAACGAUACAUCACACAGCUUUGGCGCAAAGUGUUACUCCCGGGAUCUGAUGGUGUACGAUGUGCUGUGUGACUCGUGGCACACGCAACCGAUGCCGGCGGAUCUGUACGCGGAUUUGGCACGUUUUGGCCAUUCGGCGGCAGUUUUCGAGCGGUCACUGUACAUCUACGGCGGAUUCGAUGGGCAGAUGAUAAACGAUAUGCUAAAGUUUACACCGGGAGAAUGUCAAGCGUUUAACCGGACGGAACAGUGUCUUAAUACGCGUCCGGGUGUAAAGUGUGUGUGGGACAUACAGAAGAGCAAAUGUAUGCCGGCGUCGGCUGUACAGCGCGAGCGGCUGUUCGACCGUGACCAAGAAGGGUUGGAAGUAUGUCCGAAGAAGAGUCGACUCGUAAUGACCCAACAGGAGCUGAUGGAUUACGAGUUAUGUAGUCAGCUGACCACGUGCCAGGGUUGCGUUUCGACCGCGUACGGUUGUAUGUUUUGCGGAAUCGGCAACGGGAAGGGUAUCUGCGUGAAGGAAAAGUGCCCGGAUGUGUCGUACACGUUUCGGGCCGAUUUCUAUCCCACCAAGGCACUCAAGGAUUGUCCGGACAAUGAGGAGCACGUGUGUGCGCAACUGCACGGGUGCCAUGCUUGUACGGCGGUAAGUGUUUGCCACUGGGACUACGAGCACAGCAAGUGUCAGUACAGCCGGAACAAAUCGGGCGAUGCACUGAACGAUGCGUGUCCACCGGCCUGCUCGGGACUUACGUCGUGCGGUAACUGUACGCAGGAAGAGUGUAUCUGGUGCCAGAAUGAACAGCGGUGCGUGGAUAAGAAUGCGUACACUGCCAGCUUUCCGUACGGCCAGUGUCGCGAGUGGACGACGGGUUCGAGCAAAUGUCGUGCGGCAAGCAGCGGGAAAAGUCAGUGCGGUUUCUAUCGCACCUGUGCCCAGUGUAGGGAUGAUCCGGCCUGUGGUUGGUGCGACGAUGGUUCGAUGACCGGGUUGGGUAAGUGUUUGCCGGGCGGAGACAGUGGGGCACACGAAGAAUCCGAAUGUCCAGCCCAGCGGUGGCAUUUUACGCACUGUCCUAGUUGUCAGUGCAAUGGACAUAGUACUUGUCCCGAUUCGAAGACGUGCAAGCAACCGUGUAACGAUCUAACCGUUGGACCGAACUGUGACAAGUGCAAGUCGGGCUACUGGGGUAAUCCGGUUAAUGGAGGCAUUUGUCAGAAGUGUGAAUGCAACGGACAGGCACAGUACUGUCACAGUGAGACGGGCAAGUGCUUCUGCAGCACCAAGGGACUGGCCGGUGAUCAUUGCGAAAAGUGUGACGCCACGAACCAUUACCAUGGUGAUCCGAGCCGUGGUUCGUGCUACUACGAUCUAACGAUCGACUAUCAGUUUACGUUCAACCUUUCGAAGAAGGAGGAUCGCCACUUUACACAGAUCAAUUUCCGCAACUCACCGGUCAAGCCGGACAUUGAUGCGGACUUUACCAUCACGUGCAGUGUAGCGGCCAGGAUGAACAUCACGAUCAGGACGGCGGGCGGUAUCGAGAAGCCACUGUUUUCGGCGGUCAACUGUUCCACGUUUCGGUACCGAUUUUCGAAGGCGGAGCAUCAGUUUGGAAUCGAGGACAAUGUUACGCUGACAACGUUCUACGUGUACGUGUACGACUUUCAGCCACCGCUCUGGAUACAGAUAGCGUUUUCGCAGUAUCCGAAGCUGAAUUUGCAGCAGUUCUUUAUUACCUUCUCAACAUGUUUCCUUCUGCUCCUCGUUAUGGCGGCCAUUCUGUGGAAGAUUAAGCAACACUACGACAUGUUCCGGCGUCGUCAGCGACUAUUUGUUGAAAUGGAACAGAUGGCGUCGAGACCAUUUUCGCAGGUGUUGGUCGAGAUUGAAAGUAGAGAAUACAACGAGCUAUCGCCAGCUGUAGAAAAUAUUACCGCUGCGCCCCGGAAACGUAAAAAGGACUCACCCAGUCCAAUCGCGCUGGAGCCAUGUGAAGGUAACAGGGCGGCAGUUCUUUCGCUUCUAGUCCGGCUGCCAACGGGUGGCCUUCAGCAUUCUCCUCCUGGUCAAUCGGCAGGUCUUGCCGUCGCAAGUGCAUUAGUAACGUUAGGAAACCCACGACGCUCGUCGAUAGAACAUCCGAAGGAACCUAAGACUAAGCGUAAGCAGAGCCAACACCCUGAUAGUUGUAUAUAAAUAUCAUGUCUACGUGCAUGCAUCCCACACGG